UCACCUCCUCCUCCUCCUCCGGCCUCUCCGCCGCCUUCACCCUUUCUCAGCCGUCGCCUCCGCCGCCUCCCGCUUUUCCGGCCUCUCUUCCUCCUCCUCCUCCCUCUCUUCUACUUCCUCCUCUCCCAUCCUAGCCGCUCCUUCCUUCUCGAUUUCUUCUCCGCCCUCGCUCUCUCCGCCGCUCUCCUUUUCUUUCUCAAUCUCGCUCUCCCUCGCCUCCCUUCCAUUCGAUUGUUCCUUGCUCGCUCCUUCCCGAUCAAGCUCUCCUCCGCAUCCGGACUGCCCAGGGCGCCUUUGCCGGUCUUCUGGUCCAUCGGAUCUCGCCCCAAGUCGGAGAAACGGGGAAACUCCGGCUGCUGGGUCCAGGUCUACAGCAACGGUGACGUCUACGAGGGUGAGUUCCACAAGGGCAAGUGCUCUGGAAGUGGCGUUUAUUACUAUCACAUGAGCGGCAGGUACGAAGGCGAUUGGGUCGACGGCAAGUACGACGGCUAUGGCGUAGAGACGUGGGCCAGGGGCAGUCGUUACAGGGGACAGUACAGGCAGGGGCUUAGGCAUGGAUAUGGGGUUUACAGGUUCUACACCGGCGACGUUUACGCCGGAGAGUGGUCCAACGGACAGAGUCACGGUUGUGGAGUUCACACCUGCGAAGAUGGCAGUCGAUAUGUUGGGGAAUUCAAGUGGGGUGUCAAGCACGGCCUUGGCCACUACCACUUCAGGAACGGCGAUAUAUACGCUGGAGAAUACUUUGCUGACAAGAUGCAUGGUUUUGGCGUAUAUCGGUUUGCAAAUGGUCACCGAUAUGAAGGAGCUUGGCACGAGGGUAGACGGCAGGGGCUGGGAUUGUAUACAUUUAGAAAUGGAGAAACACAAUCGGGUCAUUGGCAAAACGGGAUCCUUGAUGUUCCAAGUACGCAAAACACUACGUGUCCGGUAUCGCCAGUUGCUGUCAACCAUUCCAAAGUGCUAAACGCGGUCCAGGAAGCAAGGAGAGCAGCGGAGAAGGCAUAUGACAUAGGCAAGGUUGAUGAGAGGGUCAGCAGAGCAGUUGCCGCAGCCAACAGAGCCGCCAACGCUGCAAGAGUAGCUGGCGUCAAAGCUGCCCAGAAACAGAUUCAUCCUUCUAGAAACAUCGACAACUUCCCAUUUCAUGUCGUGUAAUACAGUCUGUUAGCCAACUCCAGUUUUCUGUAUACAAAUCCUUAAUGAAGAUAGCAGAAGAAAUGAAUGAAGCGCCCCUUUAUUUUAUACGGCAUA